UGGUUCAUUCAAAGAAGGGCCACCAGGAGUGGUUAAUGCCACAGAGAUGCAAAUACUGUUGCUUUUUCUAUGUUUCAGUUUUACAUGUUCAGCUGCUUUUUAUUUCCACACAGCAGAGCGAGAGGAGAAAUGCAUAAUUGAAGAUGUUCCAAGUGACACGUCGGUGUCAGGGACUUUCAAGGUACAGCAGUGGGACAUGGACAGACACGACUUUCUUGAAUCUGCUCCUGGUUUGGGAAUGUUUGUGACAAUUACAACUUACAAUGAUGAGGUGUUAUUAUCCAAGUUAUAUGGUGCACAGGGGACAUUUUAUUUUACUUCACAUUCACCUGGUGAACACAUCAUUUGCUUUGAAUCUAAUUCUACACGACUUGUGUCAUUUGGAGGCAGUAAGCUGCGUAUCCAUUUAGAUAUUCGAGUUGGAGAACAUGACCUUGAUGCAGCUAUUGCUCAAGCAAAGGACAAAGUUAACGAAGUUACCUUCAAGCUUCAACGUAUAAUUGAACAAACGGAGCAAAUAAUCAAAGAACAAAACUAUCAAAGGGACCGUGAAGAAAAUUUCCGAAUGACCAGUGAAGAUACAAAUAGAAAUGUUUUAUGGUGGGCUUUCACACAAAUAUUAAUCUUUGUCUCAGUUGGAAUUUUUCAAAUGAAGCACCUGAAAGAUUUCUUUAUAGCUAAGAAGCUUGUAUAAAAUUUUAUAAAUGAAAGCCAAUAAUUUGCAUGUUUGAAUUAAUAAACCAAAAUA